GGGGCCUGGACCCUAGUGCUUAUCUCCUCCAGCCCCUGGGCUGUUUGCAGCAGAGUAUAAAGGCAUUGACUCAGGGACAGAGUAGCAGUAUGAGCACCACUGGACUAGGCUGAGUGGAUGUUUUACCCACCACAUCCUAUUCUGCACCAUGGCGAAAGAUGGGCCCAGCAAAUUAUACAUCUUCAUUCUUCUCUUCUUCCUCCCUGGAGAUGCUUCACCCAUCACAGAGCCGCAGUACAUGGUGCUUCUGCCCUCUCUGAUACACAGUGAUUCUCCUGAGAAAGUCUGUGUUCAGCUGAGUCACCUGAAUGAGUCUGUGACACUGAGUGCUGAAAUUGAGUAUCAAGGGGAAAACAGGAGUUUGAUUGAUGAUGUGGUGUCAGAGAAGGAUCUGUUUACCUGCACUCCUUUCACUAUUCCGAAAUCAAGGAGCCAGUCAACAGUCACAUUUAUUACGGUGACAGUGAAGGGGGAGACUCUGCAGUUCAGAAGCCGCAAGUCAGUGCUGGUCAAGAAUUCUGAGAGUUUGGUCUUUGUCCAGACAGACAAACCCAUCUACAAGCCUGGACAGACAGUUCUUUUCAGAAUUGUUUCUCUGGAUGAAAACUUCCAUCCCUUGAAUGAGGUGAUUCCUCUGAUCUAUAUUGAGGACUCAAAGAAAAACCGUUUGUACCAGUGGACAAAUGCAGAGUUAAAGGGAGGGUUGAUCCAGCUGUUUUUCAACCUCACCGCUGAGCCCAUUCAAGGGACCUACUCAGUGGUGGCACAGAAGGCCUCUGGGAAGACAAUCCAGCAUCCCUUCUCUGUGGAGGAGUAUGUGCUUCCAAAAUUCGAAGUAACAGUGAAAAUGCCCAAGGUUAUCACCAUUCUUGAUGAGGAGCUGAAGGUGACAGUUUGUGGUCUGUACACAUUUGGCAAGCCUGUUCCUGGCCAUGUGAGCUUCCGUGUGUGCAGGAAAUUUGAAUACGCAGCCACUGCUUGCUAUGGUGAAGAGGCUAAGGCAGUAUGCGAUGAAUUCUCCGGACAGACAGACAACCAUGGCUGCAUUUCUAAACUGGUAAAAACCAAGUUAUUCCAGCUCAAGAGAACUGGAUAUGAGAACAAGCUCCAUGUGGAUGCUAAGAUUAAAGAGGAGGAAACAGGAAUUGUGUUGACUGGAACAAGCUUCUCUGAGAUCACAACUACCAUCAGCAAAAUUACCUUUGAGAACUCAGAUUCCUACUACAAACCUGGAAUCCCCUUCUUUGGGCAGGUUAAACUUGAGGAUGGAUCUGGUGCUCCAAUCGCCAAUGAAACUGUAAGGAUUUCUUUACAAGGAGGCCAGGAAAUGAACUACACAACAAAUGAAGAGGGCAGGGCACUAUUUGCCUUGAACACUUCCACGUUGUACUUCGAUUCUGUUGGAAUUAGAGCAACUCAUAAAACACGCUCCUACUGCUUUGACCAUUCGUGGGUUAAUCCACAUUAUGAAGACGGUUAUCUCUUCCUAAAGCGCUUUUACUCCCCUAGUAGGAGCUUCCUCAAAAUUGAACCCAUGUCUGAGACACUAAGCUGUGGCUCCCCAACUGAGGUCCGGGUGCACUAUAUCCUUACACCAGAGGCUGUAGGAGAGAAGAAGAAAAUCAUGUUCUACUACCUGGUGAUGGCCAAGGGAAUCAUCAAGCAAGCAAGCACCAGCAUUCUGGAUUUGGACAAAGAAAGUGCCAGUGGGGUCUUCAUACUACAGCUGCCUGUGGAAGUUGACUUUGCUCCAGUGGCCCAAGUGCUUGUCUAUACCGUUACCCCCAGCAGGGAAGUGAUUGCAGAUUCAACCAAGUUCAACAUAGAAAAAUGUUUCAACAAUAAGGUGGGCUUGAGCUUCUCUCCUUCUGAAGGUCUGCCUUCUUCUGACACUCACUUACUGUUCAGAGCCUCCCCAAAAUCCCUUUGUGCUGUCCGUGCUGUGGACAAGAGUGUUCUCCUCAUGAAGCCUGAAGCUGAUCUGUCACCUAGCUCGGUGUAUAGCUUGCUGCCAGUGAAGGAAUUGCAUGGCUAUCACCAUGGUACAGACAUGCUCUUGGAGGAACCCCUGGAAGACUGUGUUCCCUUGAAAAAGAUAAUUCUGAAUGGGAUCACCUAUUCUCCAGUAGUGGAGAUGAAUGAAGAUGAUGCUUAUGGCAUUCUAAAGGAAAUGGGUUUGAAGGUUUUCACAAAUACCAAGGUGAAGAAACCCUGGUACUGCAGCACUGAGAGUUACACGCCUGCACCAAGCCCCAUUGUAGCAAGUGGAGGCAUGGCUGGAGCACCUAUGUAUGCACUGAGGACAAGCGCCCUAGACUCUAGUGGAAUCUCUGCCACAUCCAGCACUCCUGAAGAGGUGACAGAGACAAUCCGAAAGUAUUUCCCAGAAACUUGGAUUUGGAGUUUAGUCUCUAUAAGCUCUGAGGGAAAUGCUGAACUAGAUGUGACCAUCCCUGACACCAUCACUGAGUGGAAAGCCAGUGCCUUCUGCAUGUCCUCAGACACAGGCUUUGGCCUGUCACCAACAGUGUCCCUCAGAGCCUUCCAGCCUUUCUUUGUAGAGCUCACCCUGCCUUAUUCUGUAGUGCGUGGUGAGGCCUUCACGCUGAAAGCCACUGUUUUCAACUACCUGACCGCCUGCAUCAGAGUCAGUGUGAUUCUGGCUCAGUCUACUCAAUUUCUGGCUACUCCAGUGGAAAAGGAGGAAGACUCUCAUUGUCUCUGUGAGAACGGGAGGAAAACAGUGGCUUGGCUGGUGACUCCCAAAUCUCUAGGGCUGGUGGAGUUCUCGGUGAGCACUGAGGCCCUGCAGAACCAGCAGCCGUGCAGAAACACCGUAGUGGAGACCCCUGAGAAAGGGCGGAAGGACACGGUCAUCCGGCAGCUGCUGGUGGAGCCUGAAGGAGUUGAGAAGGAAACCGUUCAGAACUCUGUGAUCUGUUUGAAAGGACAGCCUGUGAAAGAGAAGUUUUCUCUGCUGCUCCCUUCAAACGUGGUACAAGACUCAGGCAGAGCAUAUUUCUCAGUGCUGGGUGACAUCAUGGGCACUGCCAUGCAGAACCUGCACCAGCUCCUCCAGAUGCCUUUUGGUUGUGGAGAACAGAACAUGGUCCUGUUUGCACCCAACAUCUAUGUCCUGGACUAUCUGAACAAGACAGGGCAGCUGAGUGAGGAGGUCAGAUCCAAGGCCAUCGGAUACUUAGUGAGCGGUUAUCAGAGGCAGAUGAACUACAAGCACCCAGAUGGCUCUUACAGUACCUUUGGACCACGUUAUGGCCAAGUGGGGAACACCUGGCUCACAGCCUUUGUCCUGAAGUCCUUUGCCCAGGCCCGCUCUCACAUCUUCAUAGAUGAAAAGCACAUCCAGGAUGCUUUGAUCUGGCUCAGUGAAAAGCAGAAGGAGAAUGGCUGCUUCCGCAGUUCUGGGGUGCUCCUGAACAAUGCCAUGAAGGGUGGAGUGCGCGAUGAGGUAACACUGACAGCCUACAUCGCUAUUGCACUGCUGGAGAUUCCUCUGCCCGUAACUGUAUGUGUCACCCGAGUCUCAGAUGGUACUAACCUGCCCCACUAGUCUCCUAUAGAUUAUUAGGCCCCUUCACAUUUUGAAAGAAGAAAUUCUGUCUGAAUAUACUUUCUUUCUUUUCAAGUCCAAGCUGGGACUAACACUUUUUCUCCACUUUCCUCCCCUGUCCCAUAC